GCUGUCGGCAGUUACUCGCGAGACGUCCAGCGUGUAACCCGCGGCACAGCUUCGUUUCCUAUUCAUAAAAUCACGGUGUCUUCUUAUCACCAUCUUCCAGGGUGAUAAGAAAACUAUCAAACUUUGAGAUUCUUUAGUGCUUUUGUGAAGUUCUGUUUUGGAGCACCUGGCGCAACAGGUUCCCAAGUUGUUCGUUGCUUUUUUCUUUUUUUUCUUUCUUUUUUUUUUUCUAAGGAAAACUGGGUAAUCGAGGAAAAUUUUGGUGAAAGUUUGAGAGACAAGCGGAGAGAAUUUUGGAGAGGAAUCGUGUAGUGAUUGGUCAGUUUGAAGAAUUGAAAGACAAUUUUUGGAGCAGAAUUUGAAUGCAAAGUGGUGGAUUUUUAUUUUAUUCAAAUUCACAAAUUUUUAAUUUCUCAGUGAAACUAACUGUUUAAACUUAUUUUUAACCCGAACAUCCUAUUGACGCACACGGUGAUUCAUCGAAACCGAUCAUUUUUCUCUUUUCUUAAACGACUCGUCGAGUGAUCGAAACGACUGAUAAUUAUCGAAAAUUCUUCAACGAAGAGAGGUAUUGGGGGACCGGACGUUACGGGACGAGCGAAGAAUUUCGAGGAUUCGAAGGAGAGACUGGAAAAAAUCGACGAGGUCGUCUCGAAGGCGACUCCAGGCUACCUGGCACCGAUAAUCCAGAGAAGAAAGUUCGUUUCGGAGCUGCUGCAUCCGGUUCGAAGACCACGGUUACCCACCUUUCUUCAUCCCUGAAGAACUUCAUUGUUUCUGAUUCGCGUAUUUAUGGAAGAAGAUCGAGCUGGAAUGUUGGUGCGUUGACGAUUCGACACGUUUUCAUUAGAGUGCAAGAAGCUGGAGGAUGAAAGGUGACGAGUGAAGUUUUAUGGUCAGGAUUGAAUGGAGCUGACUGGAAAAGGUUUUGAUCGUCCUUUCAGUUGGACGAUUCCUCUUUUCGUGUUUCUAGCGCAACGGGUCGCGUAAUUCCGCUCGGAGCCAUCGGGAGGGCCGGUGCCGAUCGAUACGCAGCUAGUCAAACGAGGCUGACCAAAAAUGAUGCAGAGUUGCAACGGCAGGGGAUCCAAGUGCGCGAAACGCGCCCUGGUAUUCGCCUUCGUCUGGGGCUUGAUGAUCAUCGCGGCCGUGCAAUUCCGUUACAUGGAUCACGGCCUCAGAGAGACUCCAACAGCCGAAGAGGCAUCCAACGAAUUUCUUACGGACGAUGUGUACAGACGUGGGGAUGGACCGACCAACGAUAGAGCCUCUUCUAGUUUGAGUCUAUCCAGGUAUCUCCUCCAGAGAUCCUCCGCAGACGCCAGUUUCUCAAACUCGGCUGGCUCUAACCUUCUGACCACCCUGACCACCCUGUCCAACUCCCCCACGAAGAAUCCUCUGGACCUGGAACCGUUACUGGACAAGAGACCCGCGAAAACUGAGGAGGAACUGAUCCAGGAGAUCGAACAGAGGCUUCCUAGUUUGCCUCUUUCCUAUUGGAACAAGAACAGCAAGUUCGCUGGGGUGAAGAGUAAAGGAAACAGCAGCUGCUCGUACCUCAGGUAUCCCUCCAUCUACGACAUCGAAUUCAACAACGUCUACUGGCAGACGAUGAGGACCAGCAAUGGUACCUUUCAAUUUUUUGGUGCCUUUUAUGACCGUCGAAAGUUGUCCAGGAUUGGUCCGGCCGUUAGAAUAGUCGGCAUGAUCGACAGGAUCGAGCCCACUGUUAAAACCCACUGUCAAUUAUGGUACGAUGGAGAAAGAGAGCCAAAGAUCGUUGAAACUCUGGAGUACAAGUACAUCUGGUACUCGAAAUGGGGUAAUUACAAGCAGGGUAUCUAUCAGCCUUACGUGAUAGCCUGUAAGAUACCUCAGUCGCAUUGGCUGAAGGGUCCUCCAGCCUCUGUGUCCAUGGUGGAGAAACCCUGCGACACUGCUACCAAUAAUCUUCGAGUGAUUUACAACAAACCUGAACGCAAGAAGGACUUCGCAGUCUGCGUGAAAGGGUUGGAUUUUCUUCACGAAGAUUUGUCUGUUAGAUUAGUCGAGUGGAUCGAGCUGAUCACUCUCCUAGGUGCUGAUAAGAUCUUCUUCUAUCAAUUGCAAGUGCAUCCGAAUGUGACUAAGAUCCUGGAUCAUUAUCAGAGGCUGGGUAAGGUACACGUCACCCCUUUGACCCUACCCGGUGGACAACCGAACGUCCCAGCCUUCCAGCAUAUGUAUCUGACAAAGAAGACCAAUCACAAGAGGCAGAACGAACUGAUUCCUUACAACGAUUGCUUGUAUAAACAUAUGUACGAGUACGAGUACAUAGCACUGUUGGACGUGGACGAAGUGAUCAUGCCUGUUCAGGAUGACACCUGGCAGCAGCUGAUGAAGAGGGUCCUAGCGAAGGCGUUUAAAAUACGGAACGAGACCAGAGCCUCGUACAAUGUGAGGAACGUUUACUUCCUCGACGACCUACUGCACUCUCAUGGCUACUUCAAGGACAUACCGAAGUACAUGCACAUGCUCCAGCACGUGUAUCGUUCGAAGAACUUCACGAAACCGAAUCAGUACAUCAAGUGUUUCCACAAUCCUGAAAGGGUAGUCACGUUGCAUAAUCACUUCCCUCUGGCCUGUCUCGGUGCUGGAUGCACCAGUUACCCCAUAGAAACGGAGGACGCUCAGCUGCAGCAUUAUCGAGCCGAUUGCGUGAAAUCGUUGAAGAAAACUUGUACGCAAUACCGGGAGAACAGCGUUCUAGACACGACUGUCUGGAGAUACAAGGAUCAACUCAUCGAGAGGGUGACGAGGACACUGGAGGCUCUCGGCUUCUUCGGACCCAGCUAGCGCCAACUACUGUCUCCAACUUCUUCCUCUUCCUCCUGAAACACUCUUUGACGCGUCCAAGUGUACUAGAUUAUUUUCGAAAGGAAACAAGUUCGCUGCUAAAGACGUCGUCGUCCGCUUCGAAGAGUGGAACUCGAGACGAGACGUUCAGGUUUCAGCUUGGAUGCUGAAUAGCUGCUGCACUUCUUUUUUCCUUUUUCAUUUUUCUUUUUCGUUUCUUUUUAGAACCCCGAGCAUCCCGACGAAUUCUUCCGUCGCUGCCGAUGUACAGGGUGAGUGAAAUCAAAGAGGGUAGAAUUUUUGAAAGAACGCGCGGCAAAUAAUGGGUCCAAAAUUGUAUAUUUUUCUUAGAAAAUUCUUAUAAACAAAUUAGAGAUUUUCUCGUUAAUCAGAGUGCUGUAGAAUGUAACGAAACUCGAGCGAUAGAACGUUCUGAAAUUUAAGUAGCGCACCUUCGCCGGUUAGUUUCCGUCGUAGCUGAAAUAUCAGUCGCGAGAAUGUUGUAAUGUCGAGCCAAAUUUUAACCCGAGGAGGAAAAAGAAGCGUAAUCGUUCGUUUUCCACGUUUCCGCACGUUCGAAGACGAAAAGGCUGUGUAACGAUCGGACGGAACGUACGACUACGAUUAGGGUAUUCCUUAGAAUAGUAUAGAUUAAGGUAUUUUUCCAAUUUGUGCCACUCGACGAGGAUAAACUCGGUUACGAUACUUGCUAAGUGGAAGCCUCGAGACCUUAGGAUGAGGAAUGAAUUUUAAAAAACGAAUGCGCUGUCCUUCAGCAAAGUCGUGGUUAACGAUCGCUCUCGAGUUGAUUAUACAUCGAUAUGACGUUCGGUGCAAUUUUUUUUCUCGGAUCGAAUGUCGUCGAGCGUGACCGAAAGAGCAUCAAUUACAGCUGCGCUCGAUGAUUAAACGAUAAUCGAAAGAAACUCCUGUCUUUGAAUAAAAUGGGACGUUACAUCGAUGGAAUAUCAAUAAAAAUAAGAAUUUUAUGUUCAAGAUACACUUCGAACACUUGGUCCCUUUUAUUUUAUCAUUGUCUUUCGAGUUCUCAAAGUUAUGCAAUAUUUGAAUAUUUUCUUUGAAUAUUUAUGAAAAUCGAACAUCGACCAAAUUGUCCCAGAGUUUCCAUUUCGAAGGAGAGAUAAAGAAAACGUGAGAUCGAAAGUCGGUCUCCGUGAUGCUUGGACUUGCUCAACCUCAUCAUGGUCAAACGUUUGCGAAACAACGUUCGAUUUGUUCAUCCUGAAUGAUGAAAAUCGACAAGAACUCACUCUACUCGAGUUGGCAAGGCUUAAGUGAGUUCUUGCUGAUUUUCUUAACGUCUAUCAAUAGCAUAUUAUGAUUGUAUUUCCAUUUAGAUGCUCUUCUGAUUCGGUUUUCCAAGAUUAAGGAACUCGAGAGAAUUUCAGGUAGCUCUAGGGAACCCUAGGUGAUCCUAAGGAAUUAUAAAUGGCGUAGAAGGGAACCCUAGUGUCCUAAGGAACUAUAAGUGGCGUUGUAGGGAACCCUAGGCGAUUCUAGGGAACUAUAGAUGGCGUUGUAAGGAACCCUAGACGAUUCUAGGGAUCCCUAGAAAGUAUUUUCCAGAAUCUUACGAUAUCUCGAGGAAAAGAAUCUCGUUUAUGACAAUUCAACCAAUUUAUAUCAAUUUUGCGACAUAUCCGAUUGUCAGGUCAGUCGAGUUCGAACUUAAGCGAAUCCUUUCGAAGGAAAUCCCAUCGUUCCAUGGAUGUACGAGUAUAAAUUAUACAAACAGCGAUUGCGAGGUGAAACGAUUAAGAGUUUGGUCACGUAAACGGAGGAUGACACAAAAUAAAUCGCCCGGAUGCAAAGACAUCCUUCGAAAAGUUUCGCGAUCCGUUCGUUUGCGUAUCUUAUGUCACCGGUUAAGCGUGCUGCGAAGGCUAACUAUAUUUUUUCAGCUUCUUCAACCUAAUUCUUUGGUAAGGAAACUUAUUCCUCGUAUCCACCAUGGGUGCCUGAACUUGUAGUCCAAAGUCGUAGAUCCAUAGCUGUCAGGACUCUAUGGUUUUUCUCGCAAAACGUAGAUCUACGACCUUCCGUUACAAGGUGAUAAACGCGAAGGAAAUGAGCGAAUAAAAGGCAGGGAUUUCAGAGAGGAAUGAAAGUAUAUCCACGAAAGAAGCCGUGCUUUCUUCCAGUGCGACGGGUGCGUGUUUUCUUCGUAACUCGGAGCGAGUUCUCGAGAGCUCGUUCUCCUCCUUUUUUGCAUGGUGAACCUCGAUCGCUUUCUACGCGACACGAUCGUUCCUCUCGUUUCCAUUUGACGAGGUGAGAGCGCGAUUGACGUUCCACCAUGAAUUAACAUAUAUCCAGCUAGAUAUGUAAUAUUGUUACGUGUAUAUAUUUAUCAAUAUUGAUCGGUUAACCGGCUCACCUUUCCGUUCGAAGAGAAUACUUGAGUAGCGAAAGGUUAAAGCUUGCGCUGAAAGUCUUGAGAAUUUUAUGUAGGCUUCGAGGAAAUCCUCUGCGAAGAGUCUUAAAUUUUAUUUUUCCAAAUACAAUGCGUUGAAAAGCAAACCUUUUCGGCAAUAAAAACUUUAAAUAUAAUUUUUUCUCUUAA